GGCGGUGAGGCGGGGACAAGAUGGCGGUGGUGGAAGUGGAGGUGGUGGGGGCGCCGCUGGAGCCCGGCGCGGACGAGGUUGACCUCUCACACCUGGACCCGGAUGAGAGAUGGAGGAUCGAGCAUGCGCGGAUGCACGCCAAGCACCGGGGCCACGAGGCCAUGCACGCCGAGAUGGUCCUCAUCCUGAUCGCCACGUUGGUCGUCGCCCAGCUACUCCUGGUGCAGUGGAAACAGAGGCAUCCCCGUUCCUACAAUAUGGUGACCCUCUUCCAGAUGUGGGUCGUCCCCCUCUACUUCACGGUGAAGCUGCACUGGUGGCGAUUCUUGGGCAUCUGGGUUUUCUUCUCGGCCAUCACAGCUUUCGUCACCUUCCGGGCCACUCGGAAGCCCCUGGUCCAGACCACGCCCAGGUUGGUGUACAAGUGGUUUCUCCUAAUAUACAAAAUCAGCUAUGCCACAGGCAUCGUGGGCUACAUGGCUGUCAUGUUCACCCUCUUUGGAUUUAAUUUAUUAUUCAGAAUCCAACCGGAAGACGGCAUGGAUUUCGGGAUCUCCCUCCUGUUCUACGGCCUCUACUACGGGGUCCUGGAGCGGGACUUUGCGGAAAUGUGUGCGGACUACAUGGCCUCCACCAUCGGGGUAAAAGCCUCCAAGGGGCGGCCUGGGCUGGGCCUGGUCCCAGGGAGGGCUGGGGAGGGGUCCUGGCCUUCCCUGCCCCCCUGGGGCCCCCCCCCCCCGCCCUGCCUGCCUUCCCCACCAGCCAGCUUCCACGAGUUCUGCAUCCGGGGCUGGUGCAUUGUGGGGAAGAAGCAGACGUGUCCGUACUGCAAGGAGAAAGUGGACCUCAAGCGGAUGUUCAGCAACCCCUGGGAGAGGCCGCACGUGAUGUACGGGCAGCUGCUGGACUGGCUGCGCUACCUGGUGGCGUGGCAGCCGGUCAUCAUUGGACUGGUGCAAGGGAUUAACUAUGUCCUGGGGCUGGAGUAGCCCCCCCCAGCCCCUCCCCGGGUCCUGCCCCAGAGCCAGGACGCCCCUGGGGAGCCGGGCUCCCGAGCCGGCCGGCCGAGGACGCCUGGGGGCCCCAGGAGGAGCAGCGUCCUCGGCCACUCGACCUCUCAGGACCGCGGCCUCCGGCCGAGCGCUGCUGCGCCACGACCCCCGCCGGACUCUGCGCACGAGCAGCCCCGCCCAGGCCGGCUUCUGCUGCUUGGAGGGCGGGGGGGGGGGAGGUCGUGGCGCCUCCUUUCUUCCUCCGCUCCCUUUUUUUAGCCAGAAAGGAAAGAUAAAAAAUUCUUUUAACUCCUUUUUAUUCCUGACGCAAAAGGAAAUGGAUCCGACUUUCCCACCCGACUCCGGAAUUCGCCCCUUUUGGUGCCAGGCCUGGUGGCCCCGCCCCCCCGUGCCCCCCCCUCUCGGCCGCUCCUGGCGGAGG